AAAGUUUAUUUUUUUUUCAGUUUGGAUAACAGGUUUCCAAUCAAAAGAAGAGAGCAGAGGUGCUGGUUUAAUUCCUCUCGCUGUGGCACAUUGCGGCUCCAAGUGCGCACGGCCCCUCUGCAGCAGCUCUCUGCAGACCGCCUGCCAGGCAUCUGGAUCCUCUGCGUUUAUUUCUGGAGCCGCUGCGCUUUCCUCCAUCUCCCCCUCUCCCACCACCACAACAGGUGGAUUAAGUCGACAGGGAAAGAACAUUGUGAGAUCAGACCCUUUGGGGGGGAAGUGGAGGAGGCGCUGCAGACUCAGAUGUGGUCUGCAGGGGAAACUUGUGCGGUUGUUCCUCUUUUUUUAAAAUCUCUGCUUUAGGAUUUGUUUCGCGGCGAGCGGGAUGCGGUGUUUUCCUUGCGUAAGAGCAAAUCGUGAUCAACACGGAGCUGCACCGAGACAGAUCUCCAACAGCAUGAGUGGAGAAUGAAGGUUGGAUUUGGAGGAAACAACUAAAGUGUCUGGAAAGCAGCUGCGUCUUCGUGUGGAUCAGCGCGGAUGGUUUCUUCUCGACGCAGGUUUGAAGAAGUUGAAAGGAUUUUUUUUUCUUCAUGCUGUUUUCCAAAGGACGGACAUUGAGUUUCCAGAGAGAAGUUCCAAUGCUCUGCAUCCAAAAGUGUGAACUCCCUCCGGCUGGUACCAGCUGCAGCAGUGUUAACAGGGUGCUGGAAAGCUGAAGACCAGGGAGAUGUCACAGCUGUACUACCGCAGGACUGACAGCUCUUCCUACCGGGAUCGCAUCCCAUUGAGAAUUGUGCGGGCCGAGUCGGAGUUGUCAAAUCUGGAGAAAGCCUACCUGGGAGCUGUGGAGAAGGGGGACUAUGCUAGCGUCAAACAAGCUCUGGAGGAGGCUGAGAUCUACUUCAAGAUCAACAUCAAUUGCAUCGACCCUCUCGGCCGCACAGCUCUGCUGAUCGCCAUCGAGAACGAGAACCUGGAAAUCAUUGAGCUCCUGCUAAGCUUCAACGUCUAUGUCGGCGAUGCCCUUCUGCACGCAAUCCGCAAGGAGGUGGUAGGAGCCGUGGAGCUUCUGCUUAAUCACAAGAAACCCAGUGGAGGCAUGCAGGUCCCUCCUAUCCUUUUGGACAAGCAGUACUCUGACUUCACCCCUGACAUCACUCCGAUCAUCCUUGCUGCACACACCAACAACUAUGAAAUUAUCAAGCUGCUGGUGCAGAAGGGAGUGUCGAUGCCUCAGCCGCAUGAGGUGCGCUGUAACUGUGUGGAGUGUGUGUCUAGCUCAGAUGUGGACAGCUUGCGGCACUCGCGCUCUCGCCUCAACAUCUACAGAGCGCUGUCGAGUCCCUCUCUAAUUGCGCUCUCCAGUGAGGACCCUUUCCUUACUGCUUUCAGGCUGAGCUGGGAGCUGCAGGAGCUCAGCAAGGUUGAAAACGAGUUUAAGUCGGAGUAUGAGGAGUUGUCUCAGCAGUGCAAACAGUUUGCCAAGGAUCUUCUGGACCAAACCAGGAGCUCCAGAGAGCUGGAGAUGAUCCUGAACUACAGAGACGAUAUAAAGUUGUUAGAGGAGGAGGGGAACAACGAUCUCGCAAGACUCAAACUGGCGAUCAAGUACCACCAAAAAGAGUUUGUAGCACAGCCUAAUUGUCAACAGCUGCUGGCGUCCAGAUGGUACGACGAGUUUCCGGGCUGGAGGCGGCGCCACUGGGCAGGAAAAUUCAUCACUUGCGUCUUCAUUGGCCUCCUCUUCCCUCUGUUUGCUUUCUGCUACCUCAUCGCCCCUAAGAGCCGCUACGGCCUCUUCAUCCGCAAGCCCUUCAUCAAGUUUAUCUGCCACACGGCAUCCUACCUGACUUUCCUGUUCCUGCUGCUCCUCGCCUCCCAGCACAUCGUUGCCACGGAGCAGGACCGGCAGAACCGGCAGGGGCCAGCACCAACCGCUGUGGAGUGGAUGAUCUUGCCAUGGGUGCUGGGGUUCAUUUGGGCAGAGAUCAAGCAAAUGUGGGAUGGUGGAUUUCAAGACUACAUCCAUGACUGGUGGAACCUGAUGGACUUUGUCAUGAACUCUCUUUACCUGGCCACCAUUUCCCUUAAGAUUGUAGCUUACACAAAGUACAGUGGAAGUAAACCGAGGAACCAAUGGGAAAUGUGGCAUCCUACUUUAGUGGCUGAGGCCUUGUUUGCUAUAGCGAACAUCUUCAGCUCCCUGCGCCUCAUCUCACUCUUCACAGCCAACUCCCACCUGGGGCCUCUGCAGAUCUCUCUCGGGCGAAUGCUGCUGGACAUCCUCAAGUUCCUCUUCAUCUACUGUCUGGUUCUGCUGGCUUUCGCUAACGGGCUGAACCAGCUGUACUUUUACUACGAGACAAAAGCUUCUGAUGAGAGAGGGAAAUGCAAAGGCAUUCGCUGUGUGGAGCAGAACAAUGCUUUCUCUUCGUUGUUUGAAACGCUCCAGUCUCUUUUCUGGUCCAUCUUCGGCCUCAUCAGCCUCUAUGUGACGAACGUGGAUGCAGACCACCAGUUCACGGAGUUCGUCGGUGCCACCAUGUUUGGGACGUACAACAUCAUAUCUCUGGUGGUGCUCCUCAACAUGCUCAUUGCUAUGAUGAACAACUCCUACCAACACAUUGCUGAUCAUGCAGACAUUGAGUGGAAGUUUGCCAGGACAAAGCUGUGGAUGAGCUACUUUGAGGAAGGAGCAACUCUGCCCACACCUUUCAACAUCAUCCCUAGCCCCAAAUCCUUCUGGUACCUUCUGUGUUGGAUCAAGAGACAAGUGUGCAAAAGGACGAGGUUCAAGAGUACGGAAAGUUUUGGAACUAUUGGGAGGCGAGCAGCAGAGAACCUCAGAACAAACCACCAAUAUCAGGAGGUUUUAAGGAACCUGGUGAAACGCUAUGUGGCUGCCAUGAUCAGAGAUGCUAAGACAGAAGAAGGUCUAACUGAGGAUAAUUUUAAGGAGCUAAAGCAGGACAUCUCCAGUUUCCGGUACGAGGUGAUGGGCAUGAUGAAGACGGGAAAGCCUGCUCUUCAGGGUGCAAUAGCCAGUGGCAGCUCUGUGGAUUCCAGUCUGGCCUACCCUAAUUCCUCGCUCAAGAUUUCUCCCUGCCCAGCGAUCAGCCAGGCGAAGAGCAAACUAAACCGGUUCAAGAUUACCACGUCCCUUUUGAAGCAAAGCAGCUCCUCGGCUUCACCCAGACCCCCUGAAGCCUCCAACGGCCUACCGAACGGACUCCUGCCUCUGGCCUCAAGCGACAGCUGCAGCCAGAUGUCAAGACAGUGGAGGAACCUCCCCAAAGACAUUAGUGACUUUGGCAUGUUUCACAAACUCCACUGGGGGAGCACAGAUGUCAAAGGUGGCACAGGGGAACCUUCCAGGGAGAUGUACUGUUUGUCAGAAGAAGUGGGAGAUUCUGGGGGUUCAGACACAGACGAUCAGAGCAAGGAGGCUGCAGACGCAGCAAAGACUGACAAGGAGCUGCCAGGAAGGAAAAGAAAGGAUGAGGCUCCAGAAACGAAGGAGGUGUCAAGCAUGAAGGGCAGCGUUGAUAAAAACGAAGAGAGGAAAACUGCAGAAGGAAAUAAAGAUCCACUUUGCACAGACUCAGCAGCAGAUGGAUGCUUGUUGGGAUCCGCCAGAGAAGAUGCAAAUGAUGAGAAAUGACUCGCCCUCAUGGCUGAAGAGAAGCUGGACCCCCAAAAAAGGCUGCGUUCACACUGCAGGAAACAGCAACAUAAGCCCCCUAUUUUACACCAAAUUCUUCCCCUACCCCUACAUUUAGCCCUCCAAAUGGGGAGUUAUGGGAAAAUAGAUGCUCCUUCCCUUCUCACUAUUAGGGCUUGAUUGAAAAAAAUGUAUUACUCGAUUUGAAUUGAUUUAAGUUAAAUAGAUCAAUAUUUGAUUCACAAAAGAUAUAAAUCAAUUUAGCACAAAAAGCUAAAAUCGGAAUCGAAUCGAUUCUGGAAAUUCUAACCGAUACCCAGCCCUACUCUCUGUAGAGUGCACUAUAUAGCACUUUCGCCUUUUUGUAGUAGUGUCGAAAUAUACGAAUCCAAAAUCCAGUGUACUAGAAAUUUUCUAGAAGUCUUUGCAAAAUAACGAGCAUGCAUCACUGCUUCCUAUAUUAGAAAUUAAAGACCAGCAGUUGAACAAUUUUUGCAAAAAAACAUGUUUAAAUGUAAUUUUUUAAAUAAAAUAUUCACAUAUCAUCAUCAGAACACAGUGGAGUCACAAAUAGACACCCUGAAAUUUACAUAUUCUGACAUAGCCAGUGUCUUCAAAUUUAGACGUUACUCCUACUCGAUGAUGUCAUCAGUAGUGGCCGGUCAGCUGUGUUAGCGAGGAGCUACUAGCAGUGGAGGACUCUCUAUCCCUCUGCUGCACGGGCCAGCCCUUAAAAAAAACUAUUUUGGACACCCCUACCCCUCCAAAUACCCCUACAAGGGGAAGUAGAAGCCAUAGGGAUAGGGAAAGAUUUUGGAUUCAGCCUUAGACUUUGAUCAGAAACUAAACAGUUCAAAAAGUAUUAAAGACCCACUCUGAUCAACUUUUCUAAGCCCUCCCCCACUUUCCCCUCAUCCAUCUACUAACCAGCUAGCUUAUAGCCCCUCACAUCCCCAACAUAACAUCAUGGAGAGCAAUAUUGGAGCUAUCCAGCUGUAGAGUUUAGAGCCAGCAACAAAGGCGCACAUGGAUCUACUCAUCUACAAAAGAGUGGAGCAGGGAGCUUGUGGCCCCCAAAUAAUUGUUUCUACAGAACAACUACAAUCCUUUCUAAACAAUAUUACUCCUGAUUCACAAUGAUUUUAAAAAAGAAAUAUUAAAAAAUGAAUUUUUAAGCUUAUUUUUUCUUUAUUUUUGCCCUCCAUCAUGAGACAGAUGCUACAAGAACAUCGAAGUUGGCCUUUAAAUCAAAAUUGUGUUCUAUUCCAAUUGAAACCACUUGAAAAUGUACUAUAUUUUGCCAUACGGUCGUUGUCUGUAAAGGGAUGAUGCAUUUUUCUUACUUUAAUGUUUUAAUGUUUAAGACUUUACAUAAUAAGGGGAGAUGCUAACCCUAUGUCUUCGUUAGGAUGUUAUUCUCCUCUUGUUAUCUGUUCUGUUCAUGCAGGCCACUGCUUCCCUGCUUCAGUUCAUCCUAUCAGUGAACCUGUCCUAAAAAGGGGGAAUUGUGCAACAAGUCCUGCAGUGUGAAUGGAGCUGUUUCUAAAGGAAUGACCACUUUUGACUCUAGAGACUCAGGGAGACCAAUUGGUUUAAGUGAAAUACAUUAGCAGAGGAAAUGCAGCAAAUGUGGAAUGCAGGUUUGUGUGAACUUUCCAAGAUGAUACAACUCAUCUUUACUGCUCUACAUUGAAGAAAGGGGGUAAUUAUUCCCUCUGAUAGAUAAGAAUUCCUUUUUGAUCUGUGUCACUUUCUCUUAAUCUUCUCAGACAUGUGAAUCACUGUUCAGAUGAUCCCGUUGUUUAACCUCUAUUACCGAUCUCUCUACCUCUUUUCCCGCCCUUUUAUCUCAACACCACUCCAACAUCCUCCUGUCGUAGCUCACUGAAGCAAUAGAUGUGUUGUUUUUGACCUGACUUCCUGCCUUAGACUGUCUGUUUCUGCACUUUACACGACUCACACUGGCAUUCUGUCACUUACCGAUGUGUCAGCUGUCAUCACGAACAUUCUCUCAUCCUGUCAUUGUUUUUUCUAUGCAAAAACCUUGCAUUUUGACUCAUCACUCUAACAAGGUUGGCUGUCAGUUCGUGACAGAUGUUCCCCAACAGAACUGAGCUUUGAGGGACGUGAACACAAAUGUCUGUCAUUUGAUGCAACAGAUUAUUCAUGUUUAAACACUCAGAUCUGAUUAGCUGUUUUCAAUAUUUAAUGGUAGUUUCAAUGAAUGGCAUAAAAAAAUAAAGAAGGAAUUAAAAAAUGUA